CAUCAAAAGACGCAUCUAGGUUUCCACAGUGCAGGUUCUUCACGUUCUUCAGCUGCUUUUGGUCGUCAAGCUCGGAUGUCACAACGAAAAAGGAGAAACCUCCAGUCCACUCAGCGCAACUUCAUCACAUGGUUAGGUGAUGAAGAUAAAAACGCGGCGAUGUUGUCAGUGAUGCACCACGCCGCUGCUCCUCAGCCGCUCAUCUGGGGGCUCCGAUCUCAACAUGCUCGCCCGCCGUGACCUGCUGCUCGUGCUGACGCUUGCGCUGACGCUCGCUGGUCAAGUGGAUGCAGGUGGGAUCAUCGGGGGCCGCGAGGCGGCGCCUCACACCCGGCCGUACAUGGUGCUGCUGACGCUGGUCAACGGGGGCAAUAACGACAGGAUCUGCAGCGGCUUCCUCCUCAACGAGAACUUCGUGCUGACGGCGGCCCACUGCAGCGCCAAGACCUAUAAGGUCUCCCUGGGAGUUCACAACGUCCACAGUGAGGGAUUUCAAGUCACGUCUGUUGCGCAAACGUUCCCGCACAGAGACUAUGAUAACAAUAAUUACAAAAAUGACAUAAUGCUUCUCAGGUUGAGCUCCAAGGCAAUUUUCAACAAAAACGUGGCGCCCAUCGCCCUCGCGGACGAAGAGGAGGACGUCUCCGGGCCGAAGUCCUGCCUGGUGUCCGGCUGGGGAAAAACAGGCACGCAGAACAACUUCAGCUCCCCGGUGCUCAGGGAGGUCGAGGUGCAACUCGUGUCGGACCCGGAGUGCGACAAGAGAAACUUUUACUGCUCCGAGGGAAAAAACGGGCCGUUUCAAGGAGACUCUGGCGGGCCGCUGGUCUGUGACGGAAAGGCGCACGGUGUCUUCUCCAACGUGGUGGGGGCCGAGUAUCGCAUCCACUGUUUUGUUAAGAUUCCCCUCUGCAAAACCUGGAUCGAUUCCACCAUGAAAAAGGCGCUCGAUUUCUCCGCCAAAAGCGACGACUGAUCGAAAUCCGUCCGGCGGGAUCGAUCGGGGGGGGGGGCUCGGAUGCAUUUGGAAUUGUGCAGCAUGUUUUGUGUCUCAUCCAAUCAGAUUUGGUUUAGAUUUUUGAAUGCGAAUCGGUAGGUUUCAGUGAGCGGCUGCUUCAAAUACUGUUUAAAAAAAUAACUGAAGACUUAAAGCUUGUUUGAUAGAUACAAUGUCUGCUGGUUUAGGAUACUUUAUCCUGCUUUUAAAUACACAACAAGCCAUGAAACAAAUACCCAAAUGCUUGUUGACUGUUUUGAAGGAAUAAACUGUUGCUCUC